AUGAGAAAGGAGGAGGGUUGUGCGCAGGGCCAGCACCCCAGCCACAUUAAAAACCAACACGCUACAGAAACCAACAACCAAGAAAGCAACAAUACCGGACCAAGGAUGGAAGCACGCCAGGAAUCUAGACCUAGGACGGCUAAUCACCCGAUAGGUGAUAUCCUUGGACCAAAGUCAUCACGGCGGGUGGGCUGCUUGAAUGUUCGGACACUCUACCAGACCGGAAAGGUAGCCCAAGUGUUGAAGGAGAUGGAGAGUAAUGGAAUCAGCUUGUUAGGAGUAAGUGAGGGGAGAUGGACAGGCACUGGAAAGAGACAGCUUGCAUCAGGACAAACCAUAGCCUUCUCAGGAAGAUCAGAUGGCCAGCAUGAUCAAGGAGAAGCACUGAUUAUGGACCAAGAAGCACACAAAAGCCUGAUAGAGUGGAAGCCUAUCAACGAAAGACUCAUGUCAGCAAGAUUCAACUCUGCAUAUGCUAAACUCACAACUGUAGUUUGCUAUGCACCGACAGAAGUUGCGGAAGAUACAGAAAAAGACGCCUUCUGCGACCAAUUACAAGAGGUCAUUGAAUCAACACCAAAACAUGAUGUCCUUCUUGUCUUAGAAGAUUUGAAUGCGAAAGUCGGACAGGGCAAUACAGAAAUCCCACUUGACAUCAAUACAGAGCCACCAACUAUGCAAGAGAUCAGACAGGCCACCAAGAAGUUAAAGAAUGGAAAAGCCCCAGAUUUCAGUGUUAAAGUAAUCUGCGAAACAACUCGCACAGAGCACCUUAAGAUCAGGACAGGCGUGAAGCAGGGGUGUGUAUUGUCACCUCUACUAUUUUCUUUGUGCAUCGACUGGCUGAUGAAGGAAAUCACUAAGGAUGCAGUCAAGGGACUCCAGUGGACGUUUACAGAAACACUGGAAGACCUUGAUUUCGCUGACGACAUCGCGCUUCUCGCUCAUCGCCACCAAGACAUCCAAACAAAGACGGACAAGCUAGAUUCUCUUGGGAAGCAUAUUGGCCUCAAUAUCAACGUAAACAAAACAAAAAUGAUGAGAAUAAACGCCAAAACAGAGAAACCAGUUACCAUCAACAAUUGCGCUAUUGAAGAAGUAGAUGAGAUCAAGCGCAACAGAUGGCGCUGGGUUGACCAUGUUCAAAGGAUGGAGGGAACAGCCAUUCCUAAGGCUGCAAUGCGAUGGACACCGAUCGGACGUAGAAAAAGAGGUCGACCAAAAGAGACAUGGCGCCGGUCAGUUGAAAAGGAGAUGAGAAAGGAAAAUUGGAGCUGGGGCCAGAUGGUCAAAGGACCGAGUGCAUUGGCGAGCUUUGGUGGAGGCCAUUAUAGGUCAAUAUGCGCGAAGAGGAUUACGUAA